AUGUCCGCAACACUGAUCGUAUUCGCGGCUUUUGCCGUGGCCACCACCCUGGCUGUCUACAAGGAGCCUACUGCACCCGCCUACUCAUCGCACCCGGCACCCGCCUACUCGUCACAUCCUGCACCCUCGGCCUACUCGUCCUCCCAGGCGCACGGAUACUCCGCCGCUCAGGCUUAUCGUGCAGCUCCCGCUUACCCUUCAUAUUCGGCACCAGCCUACCCCGCCGCUCCGGCAUACCCAGCUGCACCGGCUUACCCGGCCGCACCAGCCUACCCAGCAUACCCAGCCGCACCAGCAUACCCAGCCGCACCAGCAUACCCAGCCGCACCAGCAUACCCAGCGGCACCAGCAUACCCCGCCGCACCAGCCUACCCAGCCUACCACGCAGCACCUGCUUACUCGGCGUACCAGGCCGCACCAGCAUACCAGGCUUACCAGGCAGCACCAGCAUACCAGGCAUACCAGGCCGCACCAGCAUACCAGGCAUACCAGGCCGCACCAGCAUACCAGGCCGCUUACCAAGCAGCACCGGCUUACCACGCAGCGCCCGCUUACAACAAACCAGUGGCAUACAACUCCGCACCCGCUUACUACAAACCGGCUCAAUAUUCCGCGCCUAAGCCGUACGCCGCCGCCUCAUCCGCCGCCCCGUCGCCUUACAACUUCCAAUACAGCGUUAACGACGCACACACCGGCGACAUCAAGAGCCAGACCGAGUACGCUGACGCCAACGGUUACGUCAAGGGCACGUACAGUCUGGUGGACGCGGACGGCAGCAAGCGCACCGUAGACUACACCGCCGACGACCACAGCGGUUUCAACGCUGACGUCAAGAAGGAGGGCGGAUACGCCUCACCGUCGCCGUCUCCGGCCACGUACAAGCCCGCCUACUGA